UGACAGACAGUCAACGAAACGUCGGCCAGGUAGAAACACUUGGUUCGUUCGAAGAACUUUGAAACCCAGCUAAAUACAUCAUGACAAGACGGAAACUGCUACUCAUUGGUGCUGGGAUGUGCGUUUGCAUUGUGUUGUAUGGGAUACUGGGUAACACUCUGACAACCAUGCAUAUGCAAUGUAAAAUCAUCAAUGAUGUACAACACCAACUCAAGUCAUUAUUCAACGAUCAGCAGGGAGUCAACCAAUCUCAACGUAGAGAUAAUGCCAUCUUGGAGGAGAUAUCAGAAAAAGCUCUGCCCAAUUAUACAGGGAUUCGUCCAAGCGAUGAAAACACAGUGUCUACGUCACCGGAAGAAAUGCCAUGCGCUUCUGUUUUAAGAGAAGAACUGUUGUGUGACCUUAAGAAGAGCGUUCCGUUUUUCACCAUCACAAGAAGACACGCGUAUAAAGAUGCCAGAAAUGGUAUAUUCCCGGAGGAGAGUCUGGAGAAGUUGCUACAUUUUAACUCGUGCGCUGUCGUCAGUAGCAGUCAUGCGCUAAUGCUUCACGAGUACGGACAGGAAAUAGACAACCACGACAUCGUGCUACGGUUCAACUGCGCCCCUACCGACAAGUUUGAGCAUUACGUCGGCAGCCGGACGGAUAUCCGCAUGAUCAACACCCUCAUCCCCCAUCUGCACUGUCAGGACGAGUUCUGGAACGAAAACAGCACCAUGUUCAAAGACGGAAUUUUAGUCGUAGGAAACAUGGACGGAAUUAACUUUGGACCGCGAGGUUCUUUAGACAUCAAGCAGCACAUCCGCCCGUCAUUUUCCAACUUGAUCAAAUACCGCAAGAAAUUUCCCGAGAGGGUAAAGACUUUUAUACAGAGGCCACGAUUCGGGCAGGCAAUAAUGGCGGAGUUGGCUCGGUUCUGUGAGACUACGGGGAUGUGUAACAAGACGAGGCUGCGCCCAAGUUCGGGCAUGCUUGGUAUCGUGAUGAUGUUACACCUGUGUGAUUGGGUACGUGUCUACGAGCUCGUUCCUUCCAACAAAGACGACACCGAACUCAUGUAUUACUUCGACGAAACCACGAAGUGGACCUCUCAACACGUACACUCGUACAACCAAGAAAGGGUUUACGUCAAAACUCUGUCACUGACUCCCGCUGAAGACAUAAAAAAUGCCGGCGUGGUGUUGUUGAAAGGAUUUUCACAGACUCAGUGUGGCUGAUACCGUCACUAGUGUCAAGAUCUCAGACACAUUCAUCUUGUCUGAUGACCAGCCUCUCUGGCUUAUUCUUAUCUACCAGUUGCUACGAUAUGUAAUCGAACACCACAGGGUGUCUGACACACCUUCAGUCACCAUGGUGACAGUCGUCUGUUUUGUUUAUUUCAUAGUUUCUCCUAUGUAUGGAAAUGUCUGUCACAGUUCAUUGGUUGAAGAAGAAGUCGAUGAGGAAGAAAAGGCAGAAAGGAAGCAAGAAAAAAUUGUCCUUCUAAGGUAAACAUAAAAAAACUGCAGAAAAUCGAUAAUAAUAAUUAUUUCAUUGUAAAUUCUUGCAUGAGAUAUUCAAAGAGUGUAAAAACACAAUACCACAAGUGUCUACUCUAGUCUAAAAGCCAACUCUAGAUUAUGAGGUAUUGGGUUUGACAUCAAUGAAACGAAGGCGCUUAAAUUGAGGCACGUGAGAAAAUGUAGGAAUACAUUCUAUUAUAAAAGAAUCAUUGUCCCUUCUCCUUUCUGUCUACAGCUAAGAUGUGUCAUGUUUUAACAUCACACUAAAGUAAAAAAAAAUAUGAUCGUGUAUUACAUUUAACCUGUAUAUCAACUACUAGAAA